GAAAAUAAUUUAACCAGUGAUUUUUUUAAUGUGUGUCAUCUUAAUGCUCAGAGCUUGGUACCAAGAUCAAAUUCUAUAAAAUACGAAGAAAUGAAGAAUUUAUUAGAGAAUAGUUUAUAUGAUGUUAUCGGUAAACGAUAGACUUUGGUCUAGGGGAGGUGGCGUGUGUCUUUACAUCUCGGACAAAUUCAAAGCAUGAGUAUUGUGUGAUUACAUGGAGAAAACACUAAUUGAGAGUCUAUUUGUUGAGGUGAGUCUUGGAGGUACUGAUAAAAUAGUGGUUGGUGUAGUUUAGUUGCCACAGGGUAACUUUAGGCAUGCUGAAGAUUAUCUGGGUGAUGGAGCUUCGCGUUUUCCAAAUCUAAUUUUAAUGGGCGAUUUCAAUACAAAUUUGUUUGAUACAACAAAAAGUCAAAUAGUUAGAGAUUUCUGUAUAAGAGCAGGAUUAUCAGUAAUACAUAAUUGUUUACCAACACAUUUCACUGAUAACCUUUCUUGUUCUACUUUAAUUGACUAUUUUAUGGUGUCGGAGCCUGAUUUGGUACAUACGAAAAUGCAGUAUCAAAUGCCAGUUUUAAACUCAGGACAUUCAUUAAUUUCUAUCUCUUAUAAUGUCAGAAUUGAAAGAAAUUUCCCGAAUUAUUUUUUUCGGGACUAUAGAUCUUUAAACUUAGAACGGUGUUUGCAACAAUUGCGACCAGUAAAUUUUUCUUACUUAUAUAACAGGUAUUUAGUAGAUGAUCAAAUAGCUUUUUUUAAUUCAGUUAUACUUGAAAAUUUUGAACAGAAUGUUCCCUUGAGGAGAGCAAGAAGGCCGCGUUAUGAUAAAUGGAUGGAUACCAAUGAUAUUAAAAUUGCUCGCUCAAAGCGUAAUCUGGCUUUCCGUGCCCUCAGAGAAGAUAAUUGUGAAUAUAAUCGAAACAUAUACCGAAUUAAUCGGAACAGACUUAAAAGUUUAAUUAGGAGAUAUCGGAGAAAUGCAAGUAUCAACUUCUUUUCUAACUGCAAUCAAACACAGUUCUGGAGUAGGUUAAGAUCUGAAGGGGCUAUUGCAAGUAAAUCUGAAUCAAGUAUGAAUCAAGUGAAUGUUGAGGAAUUUAAUUGUAAUUCAAUACUACCUCCCAUUGUUGAUGAAGGAUGUUGGGAUGUUAUUUUUUCAUCUAAUAUGGGGUUUUCCUUUAGAACAAUGGAUGAAUUGGAAGUAUAUAAUACCAUGAAUAGUAUUAAAACUAAUGCUGUAGGAUAUGAUGGCAUCCCUAUUAAAUAUUUGAAAUUGAUUUUUCCUGUUAUAGCAAAGCCUUUAAUUUUUAUUUUUAACAAAAUAAUAACCACAUCUGAAUUUCCAAGCAUUUGGAAAAUUGGAAGAAUAGUGCCGGUUCCCAAGAUUAAAUCCCCAAGAUUGGCAACUAACUUUCGGCCAAUAAUUAUACUUUCCUGCUGUUCAAAAAUCUUGGAGAUUUUAUUAAGGAAUCAAAUUCAGGAGUACCUAGGAGAAAAGGGAUUGUUAAGCACUUUCCAAUCGGGAUAUAGGGAAAACUAUAAUACCACAGGACUUACUUUAGGAGUUGUAGAAGCUUUACGACAUAAUAUGGAUAUGAAAUUUGAAUCUUUAGCAAUAUUUUUGGAUUAUUCCAGAGCGUUUGACUCCAUAAGUCAUUCUAUGUUAAUAACAAAGUUAUUAAAUUCUUUUAAAUUUGAUAAUACUGCUUGUAAAUUAAUUAGAUCUUUUCUUACUGGUCGUAGACAAUUUACGGAGGUUGAAGGAAGAGUGUCUACAAUUUUGGAAAUUUUUAGAGGUAUACCUCAAGGAUCUGUAUUAGGACCAUUGCUUUUCAUGAUGUACGUUAAUGACAUCUUUUCGCAAGUACAUUUCUGUCUAUGCUGAUGACAUACAGUUGGUUGCAUGUGACAAUGGACGUGGUGUUGAUUAUUUGACGGUAAAUGUUAACAGGGAUUUAAAGCGCAUCAUGGAAUGGUCAGAUUUAAAUUAUUUAAGCCUCAAUCCGACAAAAACUCGCGUUAUAUUAUUUUCAAAUAUUAUUCAAUUAAAUAUUAAACUUUAUUUGGGAGAUAACCCUAUACAAUUCGUAUCUUCUUUCAAAACUCUUGGUAUAUACUUGGAUAAUAAAUUAGAUUUUGGGGUCCAUAUUAAUCACAUUAUAGCGUCCAUAUCUUUUACAUUGAGAAAAUUUUAUUCAUUAGGUUGCUACUUACCUUUAAAUUUGAAAAAGCAGUUAGUUUUUCUGUAUGUUUACCUACUUUUCUCUACGCAAUAGAAGUAUAUAGUGGUACAUCCCAACACAACAUGGAUAAAUUAGAACAUUGCUUUAACAGAAUAGUUAGGUAUAUAUAUGGUCUUAGAUAUCGAACGAGAAUUACAUCUUACGUUAUAUCACUCUUUGGCUGUAAUUUUCAAGGUUUUGUUAAUAUAAGAUUGUUACUUCAACUAUAUAAAAUCAUAAAAACGGGCUGUCCGCCUUACUUGAGAAAUUUGUUUCAAAUUGGUACGUCUUCACGAACACAUGCAUUAGUUCCUCCGCGUUAUAAUACGUUGAUUAUGAAGAGGUCAUUUGUUGUCAGAUCUAUUGGCCUAUGGAACUCUACAAUACCGUAUGCUGACAGAAAAUUUUCAUAUUCCAUAAAAAAGUUUAAGAAUGUUGCAAUGACAAAUUUAUAAAUUUAUUACAACUAUUAUUUUUGACUGCUAUCUUUUGAUGCCCAAAUAUUUGAAUACUGUAUUUGUGUUUGACCUUUAACAUUUGUGCAAUAGGGGGGUUUUAAUUUAAUUUUUAUUUUCUUCUUUUCUUUCAUAUUUGUUUUGAAGUUUUAAAUUAAAUACAUAUAUAAAAUAUUUAUCUUUAAGAUCUUAAAUUGUAUGCCAUAUAUGUUGUACCGGUUUAUUGGCCCUUAAGG